ACAAAACCAGUGUUUGAAGUCGAACGACAAUUCCUUCAGAGUCGAACAAGGAGAAGGUUGAAUAAAACGACAAUAAAAACAGUCGCAGUCAGCUGGUAAACCCUAAUACUCCACAGAAAAUAACACAUCAAUAUCUGUCCGUGUGAGUGAAGCAUCAUCAGAUGGACACAGACGGGAAGAAAAUAAGCAUAUACAAAGCAGCAAGAAGCAUAAAGAAACGAGAUAAUAAUCUUUACAAUGCUUUAAAAUCGAUUUCCGAGGACUCAAUUUUCGUCGGCGAGAUCGCUCAGUUAUGGCCGGAGCUUCCUCUUCUUGCAAAUCUACGGUGCGGAUUAUGGUACUUCCCAAAAUUUUACGGCACUUGUUAUUUCAAAUCAACCGAUGGCCACACUAAUAAUUGGUCCUUCAACACCUCACGUCUCAAUCUCCAUGUCGCUCAGCUAGCUGGACAGAAAGGAGGGUGUAUAAUUGUUGAUUCGACUCGAAAAGGGAAGAGAUUUCCGGAUAGUAUGUCGAAAACGAUACCUAUUUGGACUUGUGUUUUGAAUCGGUCUAUUCGUAGAUAUGUUCGGAAAACGAAUGAGGAGGCGGAUAAUUUGGGUUUUGGUAAUUGGGAUUGUUCGUUGCAUCUUCCCCUUUGGGUCCCUGAAACAGAGAAGGCAGCUAUUGAGGAACGCAUAGAAGAAUGGACUAAACAGUUGGAAGAUAGUGGAGCUGAUAUUGCUUCUAUUGCGUCGUGCUUGAAGAAGCCCUUAAGGCCUCUAUGGAUAUCGCAAAAGACUGUUAUCUGGUUGAAUGAAGUGCCUGAUCAUGAUUCUUGGGAUUUUACCCCAAUUAUUCUUGUUAAUGCCUCUUCCUUGAACAGCAUUUAUCAACCUAGGACUUCCUCUGAGUUUAGCUGGAAUUAUAUAGCGGGAGCCGGAGAUGAUGAAGAAAGUUGGGCUAGAGGUCUCACGCCCACUCUUUUCUGGAAUCAUGUGUAUGAUAUAAUAAGUUCAGAGCCUGGUCUAUGUAAACAAAAGGUAGCUGAUAUUGUUGAAAAGGACCGAGUCUAUCGUGCUCAAAGAGGACAGAAUGCUCCCCAGGUGACCGUGGCGCCUUCAAAGAUGUUACGCACCACAAAUGAUAUAUCUCAAAUAGAGCCCUCGUUGUCUUUGGGUCUGUAUAAUGGUACUCUUAAGUCUAGUGAGGAAGAUCAUUCAGUCUCUUGGCUAGGCUCGACUAAUCUCGCUGUGGCCGGUACUCAACUCGCUGCACAUUUGUCUGAUGUUGAUUGCAUCUUGAAUUGUGAUCUAGAAUCCAUCUGUGUCCAAUUACAAGAUAGUGGAACAUAUAUGCAUCUUCCCAUGUUGGGCUCAAAAUUUGAUCGCUUUUCUCUAUUGACCAAUCUCCCUGACGCUGUGAACUUUGCAAAACUUCAACUUAGCAAAGGGAAGAGACUUCUUGUUUGCUGCCACAAUGGGGAAGAUAUCAGUGUGUGUGUUUGUCUGGCAAUUUUGACAUCAUUAUUCAGCGACGAAGGAAUUUUUAAUGAUGGGAAAUCCUUCGACAGUACAAACAUCACCAAGUGGGAGGUGCGACGGAGACUUGUUUUUGUAUGUCAAUUUGCAGUAACUGCCAGACCAUCCAGAGGAAAUUUGAAACAGGUAUUUGCGUUUCUCAGCGGACAAAGAUCGCCCUCUUCACUUUUGGAUUGCGGAGAAGCCAAGCAUGGAGAUUGUUGCUAAAUGGAUAAUAAAAACAUGCUGUGGAUUACUUAUCUGUAUAUACUCCGUAAAGAAAAGCACCAUUGCCGAGAAGAUUGAUUCCGACCUUACAAGCUGGAGGUAACCAUCAUCUUCCUUUUUAUAUUGUUGGGAUGCUAAGCAGAAAAAACUAUGCUAAAUCUGAGUUGUGUCAGUGCCUCGUUAUUUUGUGUAAUCAGUAAAAGCUAAGUUAUUGAGAGCAAAGAAAGUUGAGGAAGAUUAGCAGCUUCACUUAUGUAGACUAGGGACAAUAACAAAUAAGACAGGAAUUUUUCCAUUAUUCAUUUCUAACAUGCCCCAUUUGAGCUUUUCUUUUACAAGUGUAAUACAUUUUACUAUGUUCUGCUUUUUGUGUGCUA